UUGCAGAUGAGCGUGAUGCGGUGCAGAAGAAAACGUUCACGAAAUGGGUCAACAAACACCUAAAAAAGGCUGGAAAGCACAUUCGGGAUCUUUUCGAGGAUCUACGGGAUGGACACAACUUGAUCUCUCUUUUGGAAGUUUUAUCUGGCGAACAACUUCCAAGGGAGAGAGGUCAGAUGCGCUUCCACAUGCUGCACAACAUCGACACCGCAUUGCACUUCCUCCGUUGCAAGAACGUUAAAUUAGUCAACAUCCGGUCCGAAGACAUCGUAGAUGGCAACCCUAAACUCACACUCGGGCUCAUCUGGACCAUCAUCCUACACUUCCAGGUCAGUGGCACAG